GUUAUUUUUUUGGAGCACACAUAAAGUUUUUUUCUUUCUUAAAUUUGUUAACAAUUAAAGGGAAAAAUAAUAAGUGAAAAAGUGAGUGAUUUAAAAAAACCAAAGCAACAAUAAAAAAAUCUUAGGAUAGAUUAUUGGAAGUUUUCUUUUUUAUUUAAGAAAAAAAACUUCAUCAUCCAUAAGAGAACAAAGGCUAUAAAAUAAAAUUCAAUGAACACCACCUUAUUUGUGCCAAAGUAUGGCGAUAAUCAUACCUUACCAGAAAAUGUACCAAUUUUUGUCCAAGCACUUGCCGCCAUUAGCCACCAUCACCAUCAUAAUAACUAUAAGCGACAUGAAUUUUCACCUGUAACAUUAUCCGGAGAAUGGCCUCGAAUGACACGCCUAUUAAUAUUAUCAUGUAUAUCUUUGAUAGGAAGUGUUGGAAAUAUAUUUAUGAUUUCAUCGAUUAUGAUUGAGGAUCAUCUUAAACGAGCAGGAAAUGCAUUUAUAGGUAACAUAGCUCUAGCUGAUUUAUUAGUUACCAGUGUCCUGAUGCCGGCUUCCACGAUCGUCCUUUUAGCUGACAUUGAGGACACUCAAUCAGUGUGUAGAGUGCAAUGGUUUCUAGCCACUUGUGCUUUUUUAGUCAGUAUUUUAUCAUUGGCAAUGACAGCGGUUGAAAACUACAAUAGACUCUGCACUCCACAAGAUGUUCGACCUUGGUUCAAUCGUGUCCGCACCACCAAUUCAAUUAUAUUUCUAUGGUUAGUUGGAGUAAUGGUUGCCGGAGGACAAUUCCUCUUCGAGGAUAGCUUUGAUUUCUGCAAGAAGAGAAAAAAUCAACCACUUCCAUAUCAGGCAGCUGUAAUGGCUCUAAUAAUGCUAAUACCAAUUCUUGUAGCCUUCUACACCCACAUGAAGAUCAUAAUUGAUGCCAAGAGUUUUGUUAAAUCUCAAAACUUUAAACCCAGCAUGUUAUACACUUCAGAUAUUUACUUGGCCAAAACAAAUUUCUAUAGCUACAUUAUAUUUGUUGCAUUUUGGCUUCCAUUUGGCAUUGUUUUGGCCUAUGGUUGGGUUGCAACCAUUUCCAAUAAAGUAUUUUACAAUACUUUUUGGAUUGGAUUAAGUAAAUCGUGUUUCCAUAAUGUCAUUUAUUGCCUGACCAAUAGACAUUUUCGUAAUGCUUAUGUUAAUUUAUUCCAUUAUUGCUGUUGCAAGACUACUGUAUCUGUGGCAAGACGACAACGUACCGAAGGAUGUCGACCGUCCGCUGAUGUGAGGGUACACAUAAUACCUGGUUAUAAUAUGUAUUCUUAUACGAGCCCCCAACGAGCUGGAAACAGCCAUCAUUAUUGGAAUAAGAGGGAUGUUCAUGAGUUAUGAUCAGAAGCCUAAUUGGUAUAAGGUGGUGGUCUGGAAAAAAUCCUUUUAAGACUCUUAUCUACGAUCCGUGUCAUUAUAUGGUGAGUUUGAACGAAUUAAACAAAAAAAAAAUCAUAAACGCUGGCUUUUUAAAGGCAUGUUAGGGAGCAAAAGAAUGAGCUUUAUGAAUUAAACAAAAAAAAAGAUAAACAUUAACAAUAUGGAAUUUGUGUAUAUUUUCAAAUAUUAUUCAUUUUCGAACUGAAUGUUUUGUUGGGGUUCCAUU